AAUUGAUCCUAGAACUCGAAUGGUUUUAUUCAAAAUGCUGAACCGGGGUGUAUUUAAUGACAUCAAUGGCUGCAUUUCAACUGGAAAAGAAGGAUAGAGAUCGCUAUGUACAAGAUGAUUACCGGUUCAGAUAUGGGUAUUGCAAGCACAACCCCCGGAAAAUGGUGAAGACCUGGGCAGAGAAAGAAAUGAGGAACCUUAUGAGACUAAGAGUGGCAGGAAUCAGAUGUCCAGUGCCACUACUGUUGAGGCUGCACGUUCUGGUCAUGGAAUUUAUAGGUACAUAUGUUCGCCUGUUUGCUACAAUUAUGUUCAGUUGAUAAUUAUUAUUUCAUGUUGGGCUAGGUUUGUUUUGUGUUCUGAAGUUAGUCAAGGACAUGUAGAGAUCCAAGAGAUAAUAAUGACUAACCACUUAAAAGUUACUUCUAAAGUGAAUCAAGUUAAAUGGUUGUGGAUUUGGUUAUAUGAAAGUUUCCUGCAUCUGGAAUAAAGUUCUUAUUUAAUUUUUU